AUGUUUUUUUUUCAGCAACUUGCAACUGAUUCAUUUGUGACAUUUUCAAAUAUUGAAGAAUCUUCACCAUCUUAUCAUCGACAAUAUGAUUUCUUUAUUGAUAAAUUCUCUCAAAUGUGUCACGCAAAUCAACAAACCGCUUAUGGAGAAGAUUUCAAAAAAGCGAGAUGUGCUGGUUUAAGAGGAUUACGAGGAGUUGUUUGGAAAUCGGUCACUGAUGAUCUUCAUCCAAAUAUUUGGGAACAGCAACAUAUGGAUAAAAUAGUUCCAUCAAUUUUAUAUAAUCUUCAAGAACCAGAUGAAAAUGGAAAAUCUUUCUCUGCUUCAAAUUUGCCAAAUUUUGAUGUUUCAUUCGCUGAUGCAACACAAUUAUCAACACAACGAGAAGAAGAUGAAGCAACUCCAAGAGUUUUAUCUGAUAGAUGUUUAAGAGAAUUAAUGGGCAAAGCUUCUUUUGGAUCAUUGCGAGCUGUUAUUGAACCUGUUUUGAAACAUAUGGAUUUGCAUAAACAAUGGACUCCACCACCGAGUUUUGCAAUUCAUUGUUUCCGUGCAAUUAUCUACAGUAUCCAAAGUCAAAAUAGUUAUUUUGUUAUUCAAGAACUUAUAAAUCAUUUGGAUAGUAUGUGCACUGCUGAUGCUUCAACAAGAAUUGGAAUAGCUACAGUACUCUCAAAUAUUGUUUCAAUCGCUGGAACUUCAAUCGGACCUCUUCUUCUCUCGAUUUUCAAUUCACUUUUGAAACAUUUGAGAACAUCAGUGGAUUUCGAAAGAAGUGGAAAAUGUAGCGAUCAAGCAGCUGAAAAAUUAUAUCAAGAAGCAUUGAUUAAUGCAAUGGGAGAUUUCGCGAAUGCACUUCCAGAUUAUCAAAAAGUUGAAAUGAUGAUGUUUACAGUUGGAAAUAUUCCAAAUUUGGAUGAGAGAAAAGCAAAACAAGGAGAUGAGUUUUUGCAACAUGUUCUUGUUAAAACUUUGCUCAAAGUUGCUACAAAAUAUCGAACUGCUUAUUUGGCAACAGUUUUCACUGAUUCAUUCCUUGAUACAUUGUUAUUGUUAGCUUUGGUUAGAGAUCCACAAGUUCGAUUGGCUACGCAAAAGAUUUUCCACACUUUGUUAGAUAGGUUAGUUUAAUGUUGUCUUAUUUUAUUGAAACAUAUUUUUAUAAAAUUUCAGACAUGAUAAUGCUUCUAAUCUUGUUCACCUUGGUUAUGAAUUGGAUGUUUCGGAUGUUCAAUUAACUGUUGAAAAAUGUUCUCGUGCUGAUCAAAUGUUUAUGAGAAAACAUAUUGGAGAAAUAACUAAUAUGCUUUUGAAAGCAACUUCAAUUUCUGAAGAUCAACAACAUUUUGAUGCAAUUUUAUGCACAAUGAGUCUUCUUUGUGUUGAAGUUGGUUUUGAUGAAACUCUUAUUGAAUUAUUCCGACUUUCACUUGCUUUACAACAAUUGGCAAUUGAUGAAACAAUGAAUUUUAGUACACAGAAAAGAAUUGAAAUACAUAAUAUGGUUGCAAAAUAUAUGAAUUUAUCGGCACAAUUAAUUGCAAACCCAUCAUUAUGUCAACAUGUUCAACAUGUUGUGUCAAAUCGAGCACAACGAGCAGUUUCUGGUCUUAAUUUAUUGGCAAAAGAUCCAUUAGCAAAUGAAGAAGUUCGAGAAGCACAAAAUGAUCCAAAUAAUCCUUUGAAAAUUGUUGAAAUUGAUGCGAUGAAAGAUGAUAGAGGAUUAUUAUUCCAAGUUGAUGAUGUGGCUGAAUCAUUAAAAGCUUCUGGAAAAGAUGCGAGCCGAUUAUUUAUGCCAUUUGGAAGUGGUGGAACAAAUAAAGGAAUUGAAAGAAAUAUUGAUGGAAUUGAUACAACUGAUGGAAAUGAAAGAGGAAUUGAUGAUAUAUCAGUUGAUAUGUCUGUUGAUUGGACACCGCCAGGAAGUGCAAAAGAUAGUCGAAGAAAUACUGUAUUUUCUGUGACUACUGUUCCAAGUGAGUUAAUAUUUGAAUUGUAUUUGACAAUAUUUAAUCACUUUUUAGAACUGAAUUCUGCUGGUCUUCCGGCAACAGUUGAAUCACUUCGAACUUAUGCAAAUUCACCUUUCGAUCCUGUUGAAGAAGAAAAACGUCAGAAGGUAUUUUAACUAUACAAAAAAAGUUUCAGUAAAAGAUAAUAAUUUUACAGGAAAUAACUAAUUCCGUAUUGAAAGAUUUGCGAGAAUCAACAUUUGAUGAAAGAGUUUUGACAAAUGAAAUGAUAAAUGAGUCAACUGAUUUAUCCCGCUCAAUUGGUAAACUUCUUGCCAGAAAUGCAGAUACAGUUAGAGUUCGAGAUAUUGGAAGACCAACAAAACCGAAAAAUGUAUUUGAAAUUGACUUGCCAUCUUUUGCUUAUUAG